UAGAUGUGUACUACACUACUACUCCGUACAUUUCUACACAUCGACCUUCAAGUUUUCAAAAUUUAAAACCAUGCUUUCUAGGGCUCAAGAGUCUUUCUCAUGUACACAACUCAAAAAGAUUGGAAUUUUCGAUGGUAUAAGGUGGAUUUUGCGGUGAAGAUCUAGUUUUGCCCUGAUAGGCUUUAAAAAUUUAGGGUUUUUAUUUUGGGUGAGGAGAGAAAGAUGGCUGGUGAAGAGAGAGAAAGUAACGGUAAUACUAUGUUGUCUAGUAUGGUGGAUAUGGGGUCAAGUAGUGAUGCAGUGAAUGGGUUGUCGGUUGGAACUGAAAAUGGCGGCGGUAGUGGUGAAGGGAAUUCUGUGGGAUGUUGGAGUGAGGGGCUUCAGACUUACAAGAGGCGGAAAAAGAAACAUACAAAGGAGAGUAAUUCAGAGACCACAUUGCCUGAGCAUGGGAAGUUGUAUGUGGAAUCUCCUACUCAACAUCAAAAUAAGAUGAUAAAAGAACCAUUGGACAGGGUUUUACAAAGUAGUUCUUGUGAUCAAGUCUGUCUUCCUAGGAUGGAGGCGCAUGUUAAUAAUAGUUUAGAUGAUUGCCCACCCCCCAAGCACUGGAGAAGGGUUGUACUAGAACACAUUUACCAGUCAUUAGGUGAAAGUGACGGCGGUAUACGGGGAUGCGUUCAAGAUGCACUCUUGUUUCAUACAGAAAGCGGUUGCAUAGCCACAGUUAAGGAAUCUGUUAAUUUUCAUGAAGAUAGGGAGAAAUUAUAUUCUCAAACGGGGUGGGAGCUCAAUGGAACUCAGAGUGCAGCUAAAGGGCACGUCGGUGUUGUGUCCAAUGGAUCACUUGAUGAAUCAAAUUGUACAGUCACUAAGUUGUGUCAAUGUGCUUUCUUUGACAUUAUAAUAUCAGAAAAGUUUGCUCAGUUAUGUAACCUACUCCUCAAAAAUUUCCAAGGAAUGAAGGUUGACAACUUUUUUGACACAAGUUUUAUAAAUUCAAGGAUGGAGGAGGGAACUUAUGAAAGUAAACCUACACUUUUUCAUUCAGAUAUUCAACAGGUAUGGUCAAAGAUUCAAAAGGUUGGCGUUGAAAUGGUUGCUCUUGCGAAAAGUCUUUCAGAAAAAUCAAGGACAUCUUGUUCUAAAUUGUUGGGAGACUCGGAACAUAGAUCUUCAGAAGACGGUAAAGAUCAGUUUUUUACCCGAGUAUCUGACUUGCACUCUGAACUGGAGCUAAAAGAGGCUUGUGGGGUGUACAAAGUUUGCACUUGCCGGCAUUGUGGAGAGAAGGCAGAUGGAAGAGAUUGUCUAGUGUGUGAUUCAUGUGAGGAAAUGUUCCAUAUCUCCUGUAUUGAGCCUGCUGUUGAAAAAAUUCCCGUAAAAAAUUGGUACUGUGCAGAAUGUUCAGCAAAUGGGAUUGAAUCACCUCACGAGAAUUGUGUAGUGUGUGAGAGGCUGAAUGCCCCUACAUCUCCAAUUGAUGAUAUUGGAAAUAAUGUGAAACUGGCAAAUGGAGGAACACUUGAAGUGGAACAGAGUUCAAAUGGUCUAAAGGGAGCUGCGCUUCAAAUAUUAGAAGGAGACGAAAAUUCAUGUCGUUGCAAAGUGUGUUGGAGUGAUGUAAAAAAUGUUGAAAAGUUCAGGAUGUGUGGUCACCCCUUCUGCCCUCACAAGUACUACCAUGUGAGGUGCUUGACUAAUAAGCAGUUAAAGACGUACAGCUCCUGUUGGUACUGCCCUUCUUGUCUUUGUAGGGCUUGCCUCAAUGAUAAAGAUGACGGUGAUAUUGUUUUAUGUGAUAGCUGUGAUCACGCAUACCACAUUUAUUGCUUGCAACCACCACGCACUUCAGUUCCCAGGGGAAAGUGGUUUUGCAGAAAAUGUCAGACAGAUAUCCGACGAAUACGCAAGGCAAGAAAAGCAUAUGAGAAAAUACAAAAUAAACUAAAAAAGAGUGGGGAAGAAGGAAAAAUCUCCAAUGAGAAUUAUGAAAAUGAACAUAAAGAGAGAUGUGAAGAAGCAGUGGAUAAAUCUGGUGGAGUGGACAUGCUUCUAACUGCAGCUAGGACUCUGAAAUAUGAGGAGAAUUUGACAGGAAUUAGAUGAAGUAUUCAAAAGAAAAAUAGACAUGUGCAAGGGUGGUUUCUGCAAUUUUCCAUCAUUUAUAUCACAGAAGAUUUUGAUUCUGUACGUGCAUCUCCAAGUAAAGAAAUAUGUUUUUGCUGGCAUUAUUUGUAGUACAGAUAUUUUGGUAGGCUGUAUGUUAGACUAGCUUCUGACUUUUCUGAUACAUUGGGUGCAAUACACUGGUCUGCAUAAUUUAUGUUGCUGAUGGUGGCUUGUGAAACUAGGAUGUGAAGUUUGUUCAGCAAAAGAAAAAAGAUUCAAGAGUCAUAAAGUAAGCUGAGUGAUCCUCAUACAGGCGGUUUUUGAAUACCUUUUGGGUUUUGUUUUGUGUAGCACAUAUUUUCAAGGGAUAUUAGAAACUAAAAUUCCGCAUUUUGCUGUAAAAUGAAGUAACAUUGUCUUUGGAAUCUUUUUGAUAAUUCAAAUGAUAGGUACUUUUUUUUUU